AUGGCCAUGCGGCGGACUGUCGCGUUUGCGACCCAGACGCUCACGAUUGCAGUACCCAAGAGCCGACGACCCAAGUUUGACCUGCGUCUGAGAAUUAUCGACCUCAACAACGUGCCGCUCGUCUCGGGCACAUCGUUUGUAAAAUGGCACCUCUCGCACUCGACGGCUGCCGAGCACCGCGGUCGCACAGAUAGCUGUCCGGUGCGAGACCACAAAGUGGCGUACGACUACGAUACCAUUCUCCCCGUCCGCCUCACCGUCGACAAGAACGGGAUGCUGCAGGAGUGCUGGGCCGAGUUUGAGGUUGUGCAAGAGUACAGCAGAGGCGCAGGCAGGGGCGAGCGCAUCGUGCUGGGCAGCGUCAGGCUCAAUCUCGCAGAGUAUGUGGAGCAGAGCGAGAUGGCAACCAUGGCGGGCGAGGACGCGGGCGUCACGCGGAGGUAUCUCAUGCAAGACAGCAAGAUCAACAGCACGCUCAAGUUGGGCAUCUACAUGAAGCAGACCGAGGGCGACAAGAACUUCAUUGCACCAGCCCUCAAGACAGCCCAGGUCUUCAGCGGCAUCGCCGGUAUCAUGGCGGGCGACCAGGCGGAGCUGGAGGAUGACGGCGCAGCACCGUCGUUGACGAGCAAGUCGCGUGAAGCUGGUGAACUCCAAGACAUGUACCGACGCACCCUUGCAGCCUACUGGUCCGCUCAGCCCGGCGAGCUCAAGGCAGACGAAUGUAUCGAAGAUAUCUUCGCUGGCGGUGACGGCUGGGGCGACCGCGACAAGCCAUACUCGCAACACAUGCGCACGCCGACGUCACGCUUCGCGCCAGGUGACAGCAGCACGUCUGUAAGCGAAAACGAUUCAAGACACAUGCGCGCCACUAGCACCGCCCAUCGCAAAUCACAUGAGACGCUGCGUCCUGGAGACAUGAAGGCCAACCGCCCGUCAAACGUGCGCGGCAGAGGCAGUCUGGAGCAGCAGGCAUCGCAUCUGAAGGCCGAGGCGGAGCGGAAGCGUUAUGGCCCGCAGCAGGAAGUGGAUGAAUUUGACUUACGUGAAGACCUGUGCAGCUGGCGCCGUCCUGGAUAG